CAUACUGGAGUCAGUGCAGACAGAAAGAGAGAGAGAAAGAGAAGGAAAGAGUUUUCUGGGCAUUUCUGGUGGAAUUCAACGGGCACAGAGUUCAUCGUCUCUUCUGUUGUUCGAGAGAAAGAGAGAGAGAUUCCACAGAUUCCGGGAUCCAUCCAAGAAGACACCCACCACUUUCUCUCUCGAUUCUCGGGAAAAAAAAAGAGAGAGAAAAAGGUAAGCGAGAGGGAGAGACAGGGGAAGAAAAGAUGAACAAUUCAGUUUCUGAGCAGAGCUUCUACAUAGAAAGCGACGAGGAAGAAGAAAGGGAUGAAGAGAAUGGGUCUGGCAAGGCCGCCGGUGGCGAUGGAAAUGAAUCGGAUUCCUCCGCUUCCUCGGCGGAGAACCGCCAGCAGAACAGGCCCAGCUCUUACAACACCUCCUGGCCUCAAAGUUACAGGCAAUCGAUCGAUCUCUACAGCAGCGUGACGUCUCCGAACAUCGGAUUCCUCGGAAGCACGCCACUGUCGAGACUAGGCAGCUCAUUCCUCUCGUCGUCGGCACUGACGCGGAGGCACACUCCGGAGAUACUGUCGGAGGUCGCGAAGCCGCUUCUGCCAGAGCAAGAGGAGCAGAGGCGGAGCUCUCACGCUUUGCUGCCUCCGCUGCCCCGCAAGGCAUCCGUCCGGAAGGAUGAGAAACCAUCCAAAGGGGCUGCCCAUGAACUGCCAAUGUCUCGCCAUAGCUCUUACGGACAAGCUUUUCUCAAUGGCAUGAACGUUCUGUGCGGAGUCGGGAUACUGUCAACACCCUAUGCAGCAAAAGAAGGGGGGUGGGCCGGAAUAUCCAUAUUGAUCGUGUUCUCUGUGCUGUCCUUCUACACCGGAAUCCUACUGCGCUACUGUCUGGACAGCCAGCCUGGGCUCGAGACUUACCCGGACAUUGGUCAAGCCGCAUAUGGUACCCUCGGACGGGUUGCCAUCUCGAUAAUUCUUUACGUGGAAUUAUAUGCAUGUUGUGUGGAGUACAUUAUAUUGGAGAGCGAUAACUUGUCGGCGCUGUUCCCGAACGCGCACAUCAGUUUGGGCGGAUUUCAUCUGGACUCGCACCGCAUGUUUGCUUUGAUGACCACGCUCGCUGUUCUUCCUACUGUUUGGCUUCGAGACCUCAGCGUCCUCAGUUACAUCUCUGCCGGGGGAGUUAUAGCAUCCAUACUGGUUGUCCUAUGCUUGUUUUGGGUCGGACUAGUUGAUCAAAUCGGUUUCCAUGCCAAGAGCACGACGACGCUGGACCUCGCCACUCUUCCUGUCGCUGUCGGCCUUUAUGGCUACUGCUACUCUGGACAUGCCGUGUUUCCGAAUAUCUAUUCCUCAAUGGCUAAGCCAAGCCAAUACCCAUCUGUCCUCAUAACCUGUUUCACCAUUUGCACUUUGAUGUACGCCGGAGUGGCCGUGCUGGGGUACUUGAUGUUUGGUGAAUCGACACAGUCACAAUUUACGCUCAACAUGCCCCAAGAUCUGGUUGCCUCCAAAAUAGCCGUUUGGACUACGGUGGUUAACCCUUUCACCAAAUAUGCGUUGACCUUGUCUCCGGUGGCAAUGAGCUUGGAAGAACUAAUUCCGUCAACUCAUGUCAAAUCUUAUGCUUACGCUAUUGUCAUAAGAACCGCCCUCGUGAUAUCGACUUUGAUUGUGGCCCUUUCGGUCCCUUUCUUUGGUCCUGUGUUGUCACUGAUCGGAUCUUUACUCACAAUGCUUGUGACCUUGAUACUUCCCUGCGUUUGUUUUCUAAGCAUUUCGCGGGGAAAAACCACGCGUUUUCAGGCGGCAUUUUGUUGCUUAACCAUCAUAGUGGGGGUCAUUUCGUCGGCCUUUGGAACGUAUUCCGCCCUUUCCAAGAUCAUCGAGAACUUGAGCAGCUAAGGACUGUGAGAAGAGUUUCGCAGAUGGAUGGGAGAUAUCUCUCACACACAUCAAAUCUAUGUUACUCUCAACUUUUUAGACAGUUUUUGAGUUUGUACUGUACUCCUUUGAUGGGGGUCUCUUUACCUAGUUAGCGAUCCUUUUUGAGUGUCUGUUUCAUCGAUUAAUCUAACAAGAGACAUUGCUAUUGCAGAGAU